AUGGACAAAAGUUGCCGCGAAAUCUGGUACUGGAACAAGAAGGAAGAGAUGAUAUUAAUACGUGAAUGUCUAAGAACUUGUGCCUUCAUCGUCAUCGACGCAGAGUUUCCCGGUUGCUUGAAAGAGACGCCAAUGGAAGCUAGCGAUGAAAUUCGACACCGAAACAUGAUAUUCAACGUCGACAAAACCAAACUUAUUCAGUUGGGUUUCACUUUGGUAGACAACCAAGGAAGAACCUUUGGUACAUGGGAAGUCAACUUCUGUGAUUUCGAUGAAACAAAAGAUGAAAAGAACUACAAAUCCAUUGACUUUUUGCGACGCAACGGUCUGAAUCUGAAGAAAAUCAGAGAAGAAGGAAUCGGUAUAGAUGAGUUCUUCGCAGAGUUCACUCAGAUUCUUAAGAACAAAGAUAAGAAGAUGACAUGGAUCACGUUUGAUGGCUCCUACGACAUGGCUUAUCUACUUAAAGGCUUAACCGGAGGAAAACCAUUCCCCGAGACUUCAGAAUGUUUUGCAGAAACUGUUGAGAAAUUUCUCGGGGCUCACUUUGAUGUGAAGAAGAUGGCUGCGGAUCUGUACAAAGGAAUGACCAUUCGCUAUGGGUUACAGAGACUAGCCGAUGAGCUUCAAAUCAGGCGUGUGGGAGAAGCUCACCAUGCUGGUUCCGACAGCGAACUCACAGCUCGAAUAUUCGUGCGAAUGGCUCUUAGUUUAGAUCAGCACAAAAAGAGAAUGUGUCUUAGGGAACAGCAGCUACGCAGGGAACAAGAGCUUCUUAAACUGGCACGGAGACCGGUUAUGUUUGGCGCUUACCCAACUUUAGGUGGCUACUAUGUAGUGCCAGUCUUGAGAUAA